GCGGAUAGCUAUUUGUGAGGGAGGUCAGAGGUCGUAUGCUGCGUGGCCCUCUAGCGUGGUCCCUUGAGCCUCCUGCAUCUGCUGGAGGGAAACCCGCCCCGGCUGGCCCGGCAUCCCCGCGAUUCGUCGACAGUUUCGGCCGCCCGUCGACUGGCGCAGGGUCGCCGCCAUGUUCGGCUGCUUAGUGGCCGGGAGACUGGUGCAAACAGCUGCACAGCAAGUAGCAGAAGAUAAAUUUGUUUUCGAUUUGCCUGAUUAUGAAAAUAUCAACCACGUGGUGGUUUUUAUGCUGGGAACUGUCCCGUUUCCUGAGGGGAUGGGCGGAUCAGUCUACUUUUCCUACCCGGAUUCAAACGGGGUGCCAGUCUGGCAGCUCCUGGGAUUUGUCUCGAAUGGGAAGCCAAGUGCCAUCUUCAAAAUUUCAGGUCUUAAAUCAGGAGAAGGGAGCCAGCAUCCUUUUGGAGCCAUGAAUAUUCUGCGGACUCCAUCUGUUGCUCAGAUUGGAAUUUCAGUGGAAUUACUGGGUAGCUUGGCUCAGCAGACUCCUGUAGGCAACGCUGCUGUGUCCUCGGUUGACUCCUUCACUCAGUUCACGCAGAAGAUGUUGGACAACUUCUAUAAUUUUGCUUCAUCCUUUGCGGUUUCUCAGGCCCAGAUGACUCCUAAUCCAUCUGAAAUGUUCAUUCCAGCAAAUGUGGUACUGAAAUGGUAUGAAAGCUUUCAGAGGCGACUAGCACAGAACCCUCUCUUCUGGAAAACAUAAUUUCAAUAAAAGCAUUUGUAUUGGAUUCUGCAGUUUGUCAUCUAUUGAAGAUAAGUGACACAGUUGCAAAAGUACCAUUGAAGGGAUCGUUAGCCCUCACUUUACAAACUGCUUAGUGACUGUGAAGUUUAAUUACAAUCUUUAUCUUCAAAAACCAGAAACCUUGAAGGAAGCUUCAUGAGCAGUGGGGCAGGCUAUAGGUCUCUCUGUCCCUUUCCCUCUCUUGCCCUGUUCAUCUUUGUCUCUAUCAUAAAAAGAAAAUAAGUCCUUAUUAGUGACUUUUUAUCCCUUAGGUUUAAAGUGUUAUUAAGAGGCAAGGCAAUUUGUUUUUUGAUGAUUCAGUUUAUAUUUGAAAAUAAAGCAUAUUCCCAGUAAUAAUAGUCUGUCAUGUUAGGUGCCAUUGCAUUUACAAGCACUUAUUUCUACACUGAUUUUCUUACAGUAGUUAACUUAAAAUCAGGUAUCAAAAUGUGAGGAAUUAUUAGGGAAAAAAUGUCAAGUAUACAUGUUUUACACAUAAGGAAGUUAUUAAAAUACCUUUUCAGUGAACACA